CCAAAGGCCCCUCUGCCUCGCCCGCCCCCACCUUCACCAAAGUGCGCCCCUCCCCCAGCUAAAGGAAUGGUCUCCCAGCUCCAGCACUGCACUCCCUGACCCCAAGGCUCGAGGUGCGGCCUUACUGGAUAUACCCGGAGCAGAGGGAAGCGCAAUUAUCCCCUUGCCCUCCUGAUCCAUGCACAGGGAGACCCACGCCCCGCAGCGGCCCCCCAGGCCUCCCUGCAACACCCGGUAAUGCAAUCCACGGGGGCGGGGGAGGCGGCGGCAUCGGCAGCAAAGGCGGCGGCAGCAGCAGCAGCAACACUGCCCCAAUCUAGAGACAACCAGAAAGAGGAGGAAAAUGGCUCCGAGCAGGGACCGCCUGCUGCACUUUGGGUUCAAGGCGACAAUGUUCUCAAAUAGUGAUGAAGCUGUAAUCAAUAAAAAACUUCCCAAAGAACUCCUAUUACGGAUAUUUUCUUUUCUGGAUGUUGUUACCUUGUGUCGCUGUGCUCAGGUCUCCAGGGCCUGGAAUGUUCUGGCUCUGGAUGGCAGUAACUGGCAGCGAAUUGACCUGUUUGAUUUCCAGAGGGAUAUUGAGGGCCGGGUAGUGGAGAAUAUUUCUAAAAGAUGUGGGGGCUUUUUACGAAAGUUAAGUCUUCGUGGGUGUCUUGGCGUAGGAGACAAUGCAUUAAGGACCUUUGCACAAAACUGUAGGAACAUUGAAGUACUGAAUCUCAAUGGGUGUACAAAGACUACAGAUGCUACAUGUACUAGCCUUAGCAAGUUCUGUUCCAAACUCAGGCACCUUGACUUGGCUUCCUGUACAUCAAUAACAAACAUGUCUCUAAAAGCUCUGAGUGAGGGAUGUCCACUGUUGGAGCAACUGAACAUUUCGUGGUGUGACCAAGUAACCAAGGAUGGCAUCCAAGCACUAGUGAGAGGCUGUGGAGGGCUCAAGGCCUUGUUCUUAAAAGGCUGCACACAGCUAGAAGAUGAAGCACUGAAGUACAUAGGUGCACACUGUCCUGAACUGGUGACUUUAAACUUGCAGACUUGCUUACAAAUCACAGAUGAAGGUCUCAUUACUAUAUGCAGAGGGUGCCAUAAGUUACAGUCCCUCUGUGCCUCCGGCUGCUCCAACAUCACAGAUGCCAUCCUGAAUGCUCUAGGUCAGAACUGCCCGCGACUUAGAAUAUUAGAAGUGGCAAGGUGUUCUCAAUUAACAGAUGUAGGCUUUACCACUCUGGCCAGGAAUUGCCAUGAGCUUGAAAAGAUGGACCUGGAAGAGUGUGUUCAGAUAACAGAUAGCACAUUAAUCCAACUUUCUAUACACUGUCCUCGACUUCAAGUAUUGAGUCUGUCUCACUGUGAGCUGAUCACAGACGAUGGGAUUCGUCACCUGGGGAACGGGGCCUGCGCCCACGACCAGCUGGAGGUGAUUGAACUGGACAACUGCCCCCUCAUCACAGAUGCGUCCCUGGAGCACUUGAAGAGCUGUCACAGCCUUGAACGGAUAGAACUCUAUGACUGCCAGCAGAUCACACGGGCUGGGAUCAAGAGACUCAGGACCCAUUUACCCAAUAUUAAAGUCCACGCCUACUUCGCACCUGUCACUCCACCCCCAUCAGUAGGGGGCAGCAGACAGCGAUUCUGCAGAUGCUGCAUCAUCCUAUGACAAUGGAGGUGGUCAACCUUGGUGAACUGAGUAUUUAAUGACACUUCUAGAGUUACCGUGGAGUCUCCAGUGGAAGCGACCCCAGUGUUCUGGGCAAGGGUUACAAAGUGAGGGCAGUGUCUAGAUCCCCAGAGCCACACAUGCAUACACAUACCCACCCUCACUCCCACCCACUCUAGCUCUGUGACCAGGGGACUGAAGUUUGUGCUGGCUUUAUCAAGUGGAUUGGUAAAACUUAACCAUUCCUGUUGGACGUGCCCAGAAGAAAACCAUAGGCACGGUAGAGGGAAGGAGGUAUUCCAGCAAACCCAGUGUUACUGCUGCUGCAGUUUCUUUGUUUUCUUAGGGGGUUUCUUUGGUGAUUUUGGAAUAGCAGCUGCAGUCCUCCGGAGUCAAGGAAUGCAUAAAAAAAUAUAUAUGUUGUAGCCAGGGACCAGGAAGAAAAUUUCUUUGCAUCCUAUAAAUGGUAGCCAUCCACUGUGAGAUGACUACAGAGCUUCUGUGCUUCCUUAUUCCCAUGCCAACAUGCUGAGCAUGCUCACAAAGAAGGCUUGUCCAUUCCUCCUCUUGUGUUUUAGUGUUUGGCCCAGAAGUUUCCUAAAUGGUUGCAUUGAAAUCACUGUGGGCCAAAUGUGAUUACUUAUUCACGCAAAUUGUCACUCUCUGUAGUACACUUGUGCACCUGUCUUUCAUUCUCUGUUGCUCCCUCCUGCACUCUUGCUCAGUCUGUCACCUGUUGGUAGUCUGCUUACUCACACUCAAUUGUUACUCGUUUGCUGCUGUUGUGUUUACAGUUUGCAUUUUUGAUGAUUAGUUGGGGUUACCAAACAUUUUUAAAAGAGACAUUAUCAAUAAAUAUUUUUUUAAUCCUAAAAAUUUUGCCAUUAGGGGACCCUGCCUGAAUCUUUGCCAGUCUGAAGGGAAACUAUAACAAAAGCAAGAAAAGUUAUGAGAAGAAAUUGAGCUAAAACUAUUUUGAUGAAAACAAAUUGCCUUUUGGUUUCUGUUAUGUCUUGUGAUAUUUGAUAAUACGCAUGAUAUGCCCAGUAUUGCCCCCCCGCACAUUUUCCUUCCAUCAAACGCCACUAACUUAAUAAGGAGAGAGAAGUGCAUUGUUAGUAAAGGGUAGAAUGGCAGAUCCCAAAACUGAGUCUGAAAGCCCUUACCACUCAAGCUCAGACAUGUUGUGUGUUCACUGAAAUCUAUGUGUGAUCAGCGGCACCUCUGAUCUGUGUUUGUGAGGUUGUUUUGCAUUAGCACAAGUGCUGCUAGAGGAGCUGUGCAGUCUAGCUAGUUGGUUGUGGUCCCCCCUCCCCUUCAGCCUAUCAUGGAAACAAGAAUGACCUUAUAACAGCUAGUCAGCUGUAUGUUAGUGUUGAUAGCAUCAUAUCUAAUGUUGGAGCCUCAAAGGACCAGAACCUUUUUAGAACCUGUAAACCAUAUUUCUUGUGCUCCAGACUUCCCCGUGAAUGAAAUACAAGGGUAACCAGGUGAAGGCAUUGGGGCAGCAGAAAGACAACAUUGAGAGGAAGUAGGGGAUUCGGUGUCUCGGCCCAGCCUGGUCACCAGAGCUGAGGGCAGGGCAUUCAGUGCUCAUGACUCAAAGGAUUGAAGAAGCAGCUUCCCUCUCCCCCUAAACAGUUAUGGAGGAUGAGGGAAAUAAAAUGAGUUUCUAAAGUACAAGAAGUAGAUUUCUAAACCACAAGGUUAGAAACCUUGUGUGAUUUUUCAUAGGAUGACUUUUUUUUGAUCUUUUAGGAUGUUAUUGUGCAGUCCACCAUGAUCUUAGAUCGUCCUCUGCAUGAUCCAGGCUGUUAAAAGGCUUGUUUUAAUGCUGCAGGUGCUGGUUCUACCAGCAUAUGUAAGAAUAAAGUGUGAUUUAUUUCUCCACAAGCAAUCAGAUGAAAGGGUCCUAGAAAUCUGUACUUCCCACCAUUAUUUAGCAUGUUAAAUUUAUCUUAAAUUCUAUUUUAUUAUUAGGCCCUUUCAAAAGCUCCAGUUACUUGUAUUUUUUAUUCCCCUUGCCCCUUAUCCUCUUUGCCAAUUAACCAUAUAAGGAAUAUACUUUUUAAAAGUGAAAUUCACACUCCUGGCUAUAUCCUACAUGUAUGAACGUAGGCAGAUGCACACGGACUUCCAGAUAUGGUUAAUAAUAUUCAGAUGCCCACAUCACUCAUUCAAACAAAACUAAAGAGAAAUAUUUAGGAGCCAUCUGCUCUAAUGUUUAAGUUAUUUUUUAUAGUGCCUGAACAAAUUGACCGUAAAACCCUGAUUGAUUAGUGUGUGUAGAUUUGAAUUGCCCAAUAGUUGAGGCUAUUAAGGUGUUUCUUUACUUAAAAAUAUAUAUGUUUAAAAGUCCCUAUUCACUAGUACAUGAAUGUCUCAGAAAUGCUGUUCCUCUACCCAAAGAGUGUACCCACAUGCAAGUCCACGUGGACUUGCCCAGGCAAUGUCUGCCUCUGGGCCAAGAACAGAGUCAAGUGAGAAAAUAAAGGCCCUAGAGUACGCAGCACUGGCUUGUGUGUGGUCAGGCAGGAGCCUUGUUCCUUUCUCAAGAAAACCGCAGGCCCAUCAAGCUUGGAAGGAAAUAAAUUUUUAUGCCAAUCUGCAACCUAUGCCAGGUGAUGAAAUGUACGAGGACUUUGAGAACGCAGAACAUGGUAAGUUUUGGUCAGGUGAAAAGGGUCCUGAUAUCCGAACAUAAUGCUUCCUGUCUCAACAUCAGGGACGUUUUUGAAAAUGCAAUAAGGCUUCACAGGUGUAAAAACUCUGCUUAGGAAAAGCUUAGGUCUAUUUAUCUGGCUCCAGAGCCCCUCCACAAUACGCCUCCUGUAAUGAAAAAAUACGGUUAACAGAGAGAAGAGAUUUGGGAUAAGUGAGAAGAUACCCUCAAAGCUAUUGCCAAAAGCCUGCAGGUAGCCAGGAGGAAUUAUUGUCUUGUCUCUGGAGAAAGUUACUAAACAUCCAGAUCGUCUCUUUUCUAAGCAGCCUUUUCCCCUUAGAUUUUCCAGCAUCGUUUGUUUGCUACAUCAGUAUCUUUUAUAUCCUCUUCGUCAGACCCAUCAAAGUGAUUCCAGCUUUUUUUUUUUUUUUGCAUUGACUUCUCCCACUUCCUUCCUGCACCCAUCUAUGCCCUCUCCUUAAAGCCUCCAUCUCUCUCCCAAUGAUGCUGCUGAUUUAUUCUCAAAUGUCUCUAUGUAGCUUCCUCUUGGGGCCCUUGACCUGAUCUAGGCAAACUAUCCCAGACAGCCUUAAAUUGAGUAACUGUCCUGUGGCUCAGGCCAUUUUUCCCUGAGUGGUCAUUGACGUUUCCUUACUGAAUUUGAAGUCAAACUGUUAGAUAGGAGGAGUGAGGGGAUCUGGUGGCAUCCUUUUUUCCAAUAUUUGGAACAUGAAAGCACUUUGUGCUUUGUGUAAAAAAUGUUCGCUUCUCCCAUUCUCCUCUUUAGUGGAUGUAAAAAUAUGUGUUAAAUUGUUUUUUGUGAAUUUCCACAUCCAUUAAGUUGAUUUAGCAGAUAUGUAAGAAAUUUUACAUAUUCCUUAUAUCACACAUUAGGAGGGAAACCUGAUAAAUAUUUUCAUGAUGCUUUAUUUUGGGCUUUCCAAACUGUUUGCAGACUUUGAUACAGCUAUAACACUAUAGCAGUCAGGUUCUUUUAUUUCUUCUAAUUGCCUUGUAAAAUGCAUUGUUACUGGUUUGAUAGCCCACUAAUGCCAUCGAGGGCUAAACAAAGUACACGAUGGAAACUCUCUUGGUUUGAAGUUGUUAGGAAAUGUGAGAGUGUCCCUAGAAAGAAGAGGGUGGUUUUCUCCCUGCCUGUGGGCUGCAUAACCUUAGGUGGUGUUUGGAGAGGAGGAAUGCUUGCAAAUCAUGGUUGACCCUUGGCCAUUUAAUACUUACUGUACCAAAAGUCACAGACUGCUCAUGACAGUUGUCACCAGUGAGAGAGGAGGAGUUUAAAGGAAAUUGGUCUGUUCUGCCUUUUCCCUCCUUGUAUGCAUGAUUUAAGGUUAGAUUUCUGUCCCCAUUGUGCAUCCUGGAUGACAAACUCUUUCAGUGGUAUGCUUUGAGCUUCCGGAACAUUUUAUAAAAAGAUUGCCUUCUCUGUCUGCCCACAGUUGUAGGAUCUUUAACCACGUCAAGCCCAGGCAAUGUGAAUCAGCUGAGUCUUGUUUGAGACGAGGAGUAGGAUGUUUAGUUGGAGGUCUUGAGGCAGAACCCUCCCCCUUAUAAUGAUCUUGGUCCAGAGAACUCUAAAGCAGUAGGAGGGUGAGGGGAAAUAUGGAGUCUCAGCCUCUCCUCACCUUUAUUUCUAUCAUAAAUUUUAAGUGUAAGAUUGGAAGAUACAGAAAGCUUUUUAAGACCGUGUCAAUAGGGUAUAAUUAACCCAGGUAAUUUGGAAAUAAAAUUUGGCUGUAUUUGCUGUAUCCAGACGCCCUAACUUAUCAUCUUGUUCUCCAGCAAAGAACAUGCUGCUCUAACCUUGUCCUCUUACUUGGGACAAACUUUCCACCUGCCAGAAACUACCAUUUGAGGCAAGUGAGUUUUCUGCACGAAGGGCUUUUGCAGCUCCCGCUCCUCCCCCAAGGCAAGUCUACCUAUUUUGUCCAUUUUUAUUCUUAGGAACAUUAGUUCUGCGUCUCUGAAGCCUUUGAUCCUUAGGAAAGUCAGUAAGAACCUCUCAGCUGAGUCUGAGUGAAUCUUUGGAGCCCACGAAAGCUACACUUAAUUUUCAGCAGAGAAGAAUUUGUUGGACAAGCUCACAUGUGGAAUGUUAAGAGAAAUUCCAUAAUGCACUUCUUCCAUCUCUGCCUCGUGUGUUUUUUGAGUAAACCCUUCGUAGAAUUUGGUUCACAGGUGUUGAGUCUCAGGCUUCCUCAGCCAGGGUGGUUUGUUUUAGGAAAAAGAACCAUGAGCACCCAAAACUGUAUCAAUUGGCCCUUUCUAUUUUCUGUGUUUUUCAGUGUCUUGUUUUAAAGAAUUGAGGUGGGGAAAUGGUAGAUGAGAUUCAAAAUGAAGGAGAGAAUCAGUUCUGGAACUGGGGUACUUUGCUUCAGGUACAAGCAUCUGUGCUGAAUUCUGUAGAAACACCUGCCUCACGGGUGGGUCGAUUCACUUUCCUCUCCUUCUCAUGAACUCCAUGCCCUUUUUACUGGCAAGUAGGGCUUCUACUUUCCAGACACCUAACCAGAGUCAUGAGGUGGAGAUUGGCACAACCGAAAGAACCACCAUUGCUUCCCAGCUGCUGCUGGGCCUGGUUUUCACUGAGGCCAGAGCAGGUAGGCAGUAAAUGAGAAUCCCCACCCCAAGAAGAGAUGGGAGAAGAGAGGUGUCCAGACACAUACCUUUUCUCUUCUGCCAUACCCCAAGAACCCAGGGAAAUCUUUGAAGUGAUGUCUUUUUUUAUUAAAGUCCAAGAAGGAAAGUUGGCCCCACUAAGUUUCGCUUGUCAUUGCCUCUUACUACUUAUUAUUCAAAUCUAUACCACACUGCUGCUCACACAUGUAUGUGUUUCUUACCUUAGCCUAACCCUUCUCAGCCCCUCAAGUCAUUAUUCUCGUUUGUUUUUCUUUUUUUUAUGGCACUAGUGAAUGAGAACCUAAAGUCUUAGAAAAUUGUAACUUGAAAAGGAGUCUCUAACUGGCAUGGUUUGAUUAAUUACCUUUUACCCCCUGAAGACGUGAAUGAUUUUCUUUCCUAGUGCUAUAUAAUAGAUCUGUAAUAAGUGAAACCUUUGCUGCUACUUUCCUGGGUUUACAUUGGUUUUUUUCUUCCCUUAAGAAUAAUUUAUCCGUGCUUCUCUGAUGACUAAUUUCUCAUAAGUGCAGGAAGAGGUGAGCCUGAGAUUUCUUCUCUUCCCUCCUCACUCUAGCCAUAAAUUACACGUUAACCUGUAACGUGUACAAGCUCCGUGCGGGGGCACUCAUCAAAGCUCCAUGUGUCUUUUUCUCACUGUGCUGCCGCUCUCAGAGCUGGCCGCUGAGGAUCUGUCACUGCCCAGUCCGAAGGGGUACUGUACCGGGAGAAAGGCCUUCUUAAUUUUGCCUGUCUCCAUUCCUCUUGUGUGACUUAACCUUCACAUGCCUCCCACUCUGGCCGCCUCCUUUUUACUCCUGGGAGUUGUUUCCAAGUAACCUGCCUCGCAUUUCCCAACUGCUCUCCUCACCUUUGCCCACCUUCCAGUGCCCCUGAGGGCACAGACCUGAGAAAGUGGUCUGUGCAGAGCUCAAAGAACUGUGAGGACUACUCCUGCCUGUUAGACUCUGCCUGGGGACAGAGAUGGAUGGGUGAAGGGUGCUCUGAGAGAAAUUUUUAUCUUCAAACCAGGCUGUUUCAUCCCUGCACCACACACACCACUCCCCUUAGAGGGUAAAAUGCAGAGGAUGGUUGACUGGCAGAGUCUGACCCCACACACUGCCGUCUGGCCUAAGCCUUCCCCAGCUACUCGGCUCACCCUGCGGUGCUUCAGUGUGGGAGCUGCUGCUUGCUUGUUUCUCCACCAGGCCUGCCCCGGUGCUUAGCCAGUCCCUGGGGCCAACACAGUUCCCUAUAUGGUGACUUAACACCAGGUUCCAUUAGCUGUCCAGCUGACUGUGUUUCCACCCAACUCUUUUGGCGCUUGAGGAUGGGGGGGAGGGAGGGUUAUUUAAAAAUAAAUAAAAUCCAAGGUGGCAGUAGAGGAUUCCUUUUGCUUUAAAAUCUUUGGACUAAAAAAGAAAUGUUUUUUAUAUAUAAAUAUAUAAAGUAAAUUGUUAUGUAACUAUUAUUGUUUCCUGUAUGUUCUAAUUUUGUUUUAUGAUGUAAUUAAAGGAAAUAAGCUGUGAA